ACUAACGACCUCAACUUUGGUGGGAGGAGCAGAGCAGCAGAUGCAGAAUUUGCUGCCUUCUUUUCAGCCAUUUUCCUGCAGUUUCCGAUGUCAGAUCUCAAGCAUGCAACUGAGAUUUCAUUCGCCGGAACCUUCGCCUGCAGUGCUUUCAGUGCUUGUUUCGCUGAGCUCUGUACUAUUCCCUUGGACACUGCCAAAGUAAGGCUUCAGCUCCAAAAGAAAGGGUCUACAGGAAAUGAAGCGGGUUUACCUAAAUACAGGGGCAUGUUGGGUACUGUUGUUACUAUUGCUUUGGAAGAAGGUUUGGUAGCACUUUGGAAGGGCAUUGUACCGGGGUUGCAUCGCCAAUGUCUAUAUGGAGGUUUAAGAAUUGGGUUGUAUGAUCCUGUUAAGAUCUUUUUUGUUGGCAAUGAUUUUGUUGGAGAUGUCCCUUUAUUCAAGAAAGUACUUGCUGCACUGAUAACUGGAGCAAUAGCAAUCGCAGUCGCAAAUCCUACUGAUCUUGUAAAAGUUCGGCUUCAAGCUGAAGGAAAAUUGCCACCUGGGGUUCCAAGGCGUUACAUGGGAGCUUUGGAUGCUUAUUAUACAAUAGUGAGACAGGAAGGCCUAGCAGCUCUAUGGACGGGGCUUGGCCCUAAUAUUGCCCGGAAUGCUAUCAUAAAUGCUGCUGAGCUAGCCAGUUAUGAUCAAAUAAAACAGACGAUUUUAAAAAUUUCAGGGUUCACAGAUAAUUUAUUAACUCAUCUCCUAGCCGGCCUAGGUGCAGGUUUUUUUGCUGUCUGUAUUGGUUCUCCUGUUGAUGUGGUGAAAUCUAGAAUGAUGGGUGAUUCAACCUACAAAAGCACUUUUGAUUGUUUCUUCAAGACUUUGAAGAAUGAGGGACCUUUUGCUUUUUAUAAGGGGUUCUUUCCAAAUUUUGGGCGACUUGGAUCUUGGAACGCGAUCAUGUUUCUAACUCUGGAGCAAGCCAAAAUUUUUUUCAGGAGGGGGGUAGCAUAGAAUCACUUUUCCAAGUUUAAGUGUUGGCAUAACCGAAGACAACAGCUUUUGCUUGUGAUUGCCUCCACCACAGUUGAAGAUUUUUUUUCAGAGAGGAUAAGACAUUGUUUCCUGCCAUUCUUCUUUCCAUGCUCCGCUUCAUAGGUAAAUUAUUGUCUUUUAAAACUGUCGGUAGUUUCCUACAAAGUCAGAAUCAAUUGAAUACCUAUAAAAAAAUACACCCAUUUGUGGGGAUACAAGCUCUUCAUCGCAUCCCUGACGUUACUAUUUCAUAAUCCUUUUGUAUCAUCUAUAUGUAUUCAAUAGUUCUUUCAUGAUGAUUACAUGGCAUUUUGGUUUCUCAUUGUGGAA